AUGAGGGAAGAGACUCGCGUGGAGAGACCGCAGCAGAAGACGGAGCAGGACGGUGGGACCCUCAACAUUGACCCCGCACCCCCUGGGAACUGCGAACACUCUUUGCAGAUGGGGGCACAGCUUAAAUUGCUGCCUAUGAAUGAUCAGAUCCGGGAACUGCAAACCAUCAUACGGGACAAGACGGCCAGCAGAGGGGACUUCAUGUUUUCUGCAGAUCAUUUGAUCAGACUUGUUGUAGAAGAGGGACUGAAUCAACUGCCAUAUAAAGAAUCCUUGGUGACCACUCCAACAGGGUACAAGUAUGAAGGAGUGAAAUUUGAGAAAGGAAACUGCGGGGUCAGCAUAAUGAGAAGUGGUGAGGCAAUGGAACAAGGUUUACGAGACUGCUGUAGAUCCAUAAGAAUUGGAAAGAUCCUGAUUCAGAGUGAUGAGGAGACACAAAAAGCUAAAGUAUAUUAUGCCAAGUUCCCCCCAGACAUUUACCGGAGAAAAGUCCUUCUGAUGUAUCCAAUUCUCAGCACUGGAAAUACUGUAAUUGAAGCUGUAAAGGUUCUUAUAGAACAUGGAGUUCAACCCAGUGUUAUCAUCGUACUCAGUCUGUUUUCAACUCCUCAUGGUGCCAAAUCUAUCAUUCAGGAGUUUCCAGAGAUCACAAUUUUAACUACUGAAGUUCAUCCUGUUGCACCUACACAUUUUGGACAAAAAUAUUUUGGAACAGACUAA